ACUAAGAAGAGCCAACAUCACUGCUGCCUUGCUACUGUAUCAGUCCAGUGUGAAGACUCCACGGGAAGAAAGCCAACUUCAAGACAGGCAAACCUGAAGAGGAUGGAGAUUGGUAGGAGAACUGAGAUGUAUCCACCCAAUAUAUGUGGGCGUCACUGUCUGGGGCCCCUGUCCUUCCACAAAGGGGCCUUGGGAACUGAUGUGUGGCUGAGUCUGGGAGGUAGACGUGUGGAGAGGGACAGAGAGACCUUCCAGAAUGGUCUGACUUUCAGCAGUCGUCCAAUCAGGGUCCAGGAGAAGAUACAUCUGCGGGUGGAAUGUUGUGACCAACACUGGCAUGGAGCUCUGCGGCUGGGCUUCACCAUCAUACCCCCCUCCUCCUCUGGGCCCCUCUUCCCUCCUGCUAUGGCUAUCCCUGACCUCACCACCACCUACGGGUACUGGGCAUCCAUCGUGCCCUCCAGCCUCAUCAUCCCAGGUGCAGAGCUCCGCUUCUGGGUGACCCCUCGAGGAACGCUGGUUUACGAGGGGCCAAAUGGUUUGAGGUACAAGCUACUGAAGGGGGUGGAUGUGACACGCCACCUGUGGGCCAUGAUAGAUGUCUACGGACAGACCAGAGCUGUGCUCCUAUUGGGAUCAGAAAAGAAAGACUUAUUGAAGUUGCGGAUCCGGAGGUCCUGUCCUGUCCCUCCUCCUCCCUCUGUGUCUCAUAGGGACAGCUGCAUGUGUGUGAACGAGGAUCAUCCCUGUCGCACCCCUCAGGACUACAGGCUCUCUGCUGACCCUAUCACUACCACACAGAUAGACCACUCUAUAGAUCGGGACAUCGCUGACGAUUGCGUGGUCUGUCUAUCUGCUAGAGCUUCUGUGGUCCUUCCCUGCGCCCACCGCUGCCUGUGCCUUCGCUGCGCCCAGCGGGUCACGGCCGAGUUUGGAAACUGCCCGCUGUGUCGCCAUUCAAUCAGAUACAGCGACGAGGACAGGGGGAUACAAAGUUGACCAACCGAUGGGGAAAGGAGGGAGAAAAGCAAAGAUGAUCUAAUCAGCAUUAUAUUAGUUCAUAAUAUUGCAAACAUUUCCCUUAUGUUCUUUUUUAUAUCAACUGUCUAUUUUUCACUGUGACUUAUGUUAUAAUGUAGGCAUGUAUAGUACAUGUAGGCAUGAAUACUUGAUGAAGAACGUCUCACUGUAGAUGUUUUAUUUGUCAAUGAAUCCAAAUGUAAAUA